AACAUAAUUGUACUUCCUCAUAUUAUGGGAGUAUAGAUAAGCUAGGUCGAAUAAUUCUAGGCUUGAAGUUAGAUAUAGGCCUGCAUAUUUUAGUAAGCUCAAUGGAUAUGAGGUCGGGAUGAAAUAAAUAUGUCAUGCUAACAUAUUUGUCCUUCUGAUGGUUGAUAGGAAGUACUAAAUAUACAAUAAUCAAUAUGCCGAAAGGCAAAAACAAGCUGAAUCUGACUAUUUCCGUGUCUGAGCCCCAGACAGACGGAAGCGAGUGAGUUUAUAUUUUAUAUUUUUUAAAGUUUUAGUUGUAUACUAAUUAAUAAUAAAAAUAAUAUUAAUGCUAUACUUUACUAAUUAUAUCGUAAGGUUUACAUUCUCAACUCCAGAAUUGCUUUGAUUGUCAUAUUGAUUUAUUGUUUUUCAUGAGUACCCAAAUAAAAUGAGAAGGCCUAAUUAAUUAUAAUUAAUUUUUAAUUGUGUUUGCUUUGCUCUCCUCUCUCUGCAGUCUAACCAACUAGUCAAUAAGUCUAGCACUCCAAGUUACUUUAGUAUACUGUCUAUUAAUAGAAAUAGUGACUAGAAUUAGAAGACUAUCAUUAUCAUGUUGUUUUCUGCACUCUGACUGUAGUCUAGUAUAGUAUAGGCUAGUGUAUGCCUAUACUUACUUAGACUUACUACUGUCAGCAGUAGAAGUAGUCUUUUAGUUAUUUAGUGUACAAAUAAUAAAAUAUACUAAAGGGGUUGUCCAUUAAUGAUUAGGUCAACAAAAUAGGGGAGAGGAGUUUUGGAAACGAAGUGGUUAUGCGCAGCCGACUGCGUAUAACCCUGAGAGUUAUACGCAGUCGGCAAGUCACGUGACGUCUAUAUUCUUCCUGUGUUACAGUUUCAAUCAAUAAGGGUGCCUUGAUAUCGGGGUGACUGUGUGGUCGAAUGGUCUAAACUGACCAAACCUCAAGUUGGUGGUCUUGAGUUCAAUUCCAGCUAACGGCAAGCCAUGAAUACGCGUUAGUUGCCAUGCUUGUUCUCGAGAAUGAAGCAACAACUAGGCUUAUUGUUUUACUUUUUUUUUGGCUAAAAAAUGUUAAAACAUGAGACGAAUUAUUAACUUGAACAAUGUAAUGUUAAUAAUGUUAUACUUAUAAUUAUCAAAUAUAUGUUUGUGUUGUUAACUAAUUUUGUGGCAGAUAAAAUCAUGUUUCACUGGUACAGUAAUAAAAAUAAUCAUGGGUUGAGAGUAGCAGGAAAAAAAUCGCUGUAGGGGCAGGGGUUCUGUAGAGGGGUCAGUGUAAGUAAUACUUUCACACAGUUAUAGUUUUGCAUGGAAGCUGAAAACUGUUACAUUUAGGUCAUCAAAAAAAAAAAAUCAUAAAUGAUAAAAUUUAAAUAGUUUUGCAUGGAAGCUGAAAACUGUUACAUUUAGGUCAUCAAAAAAAAAAAAUCAUAAAUGAUAAAAUUUAAAAAAAGAUAAAUAGAAUGUAUUUCCUGAAUUAGUCAGUAAAACCAACCACAUAGACAUAGACAUAGUCAUAGCAACAUAUAAAAACCUAAUCAAUCAAAAUACAUAACUAGACUUAGACCAUGGAAAUGCCUUUAAAAAAAUCUAAGACUUAGGCUUAGACUCUAAGAAAUGUAGACUUUGACUUAUACUUAUAAUUAUAAUAUAUAAGAUACAAGCAAUAAUACUAAUAAUAGCACUAAUACUAUUGCUAUCAUCAAUUUCAAUAUUAAUUAAAAUUAAUUCAAUUAAAAUUUUACGUUAAGCACAUCAAAAGUUCUAGUUCAAAACAACCCGUCAUGCAGCUCAUUAGGCAUAAUACUUUUUUUUAAAAAAUUGCCAAACAAGCCAUAAUAAACCUUAUUUGGCUAAAUUCCCAGCCGACUGCGUAUAACCCUGAGAGUUAUACGCAGUCGGCUGUGAAUAACUCUCAGGGUUAUGCGCAGUCGACUGCGUAUAACUCUCAGGGUUAUACGCAGCCGACUGCGUAUAACGCUUCCCUUUUGGAAAUGUUAGACAGUUGUUGACAAGGGGGAGGGAGGGAGGUUUAGAUUAGUUGAUGUCAACAAUCAUGUUUUCUCUAUUAAAAUUUUAAUCUUAAAAAUUGACUGGUUAUUAAUUACAUUAUUUUAAAAAUGUAUCAGUGUAAAUGAGUGUAAAUAGUCAUAUAAUUUUUAGGCUAUUAACAAUACAAAUAUAAUUAAUGUGUGUCUGUACACUGCAGAUGGCUGGUCAGAAUGUUAGUACACUUUGUUUACGUUAGUGCAAGAGAAUUCAAAAGUUGGCUUCUCUUCACAUGUAGAUUCUGUUGCAGCUAUGGAACAACAAGGUUCUAUUAUCGUGCAGUCAAUAUAAUGGUAUUGAUAGAGUAGGAAUACUAUAUUUUUAGAAUUAGGGGAAGUAAAGUGAGUAACAAUAAUAACAUCGCUGCUUAAAGGGCUUGGCAAAAUCUGUAACAUCUAUUUUGCAUCACAAGUCAUGUUGAAAAAGCAUGUUCAACAGAACCGAAAAUGCCCUCUUGAGCAAAAGAAAUUAGCACCAGUUCCUCAACAAAAAGGAUUCGACCAAUAUGAGUAGCUGCAAGGAGAUAAAGAGGGCUUAUGGCAAUUAUUGCUCACACCAACAAUGCUUCUAUUUUAAGUGCUGAAUGGUUAGAUGAGGAUGAUGGUGACUUGUCUGGUAUAUCAGUGCUGCAAGAUGAAAGUGAUCAUUCAGUAUGAUUCAGCUACUAUAGACUUUGCCCAUCAGAGGCGUCAUUUCAUUUUUUUUUUUCAAGUGGUGGUGGGGGGGGGGGGGGCGGCGGCGCAAAACCAAACCUUGGUCAGCUCGUUAAGUUGUUUAUUACUAGAGGCGCCACAGUACAUAGUAAUGUAAAUAAAACUGCAAAUGCCCCCCUGCCCUACCCAAAUGAUGUCCCUGAUGCCCAUUGUUACGAUAGAGCAAACCUGGCUACUCCUUGGAAAGAUGAUAGCAGCUAGAAACUAUACUAUAAUUUUCGCUUUACUGGCAAUAGUCAUAUUUAUACCACAAACAAUGAUAUUUAGUCUUUAAGAACCUUUCAAUUGAUUCUGCAUUAGAAAAUUUAAGUGUAAAAACCUUUUAACUUUUUGAUUAACACUAUAAAGAUGUAAUGAAAUGUUUUUCCUACAAUUUUAUUGACAUUAAAAUAGAUCAGCACAAAUUAAAAUGUAUUUAUACAUUUAUUUAAAAUAUAAUUCCUUUUUUUUUGGGGGGGUGGGGGUGGUUAGAAAAUGUUGACAUAAUUAAAUAGGGGGGUCAUUGAAAGUUUGACAGUUGUUGACAAGGUGGGGGGAGGGGGUGAAAAAAAGCUUAAAAAUUGUUGACGUAAUUAAUGGAAGACCCCUAAGCUAAGUGGCAAAGCCAAGGGCUACAAAUUGUAAUAACAGGCCUAAUAACGGAAUUUUUAUUGCUAUCUGUAGAAAUAGCGUAAUAUAUAGCAUAAAGCACAUAUGAAUAUGAUGAAAAGCCUUUGUUGCUCCCGAUUGCCAUGGCUGUUUUAAAAAAAAAUUUUACUGUUAACUUAAUUUAAUAGUUGACUCUUAAGCAUGACUCUUAAGUUUUACUGUCAUUUGCUGUCCCUUUGGGCACUUUGGAGUUAAAUAAUGAGGGGAGAAGUUAACUUAUUAAAAUUACCUGGUCAGCUCCAUUAAAAUGUAAGGGUUCUUGCAGAAGAUGUUUAAGUACACCACACAGGAAAGUUGCUUGCUUAAUUUCCUAGAUAUCCAUAUAGUGAUAUGAAUCUUUCAUUUCUGAAUUAAUCUGUUAUUUGUGUUAUAGAAAGAUAGUUAUGCAUUUGUAUCACAGAAAACAAACUAGCUAUUUAGUUGAUAUUUACAUUUAUUUUUUUUUUGCUGAAAAGUAGAAUUUUGUUGGUAUUUUCAGUCGACAAAAUGGUGCUCAAGCUAAUCUCGAAGCAUUACAACAAAAGUUACAGGAACUUGAUAUUGACGACCAACAAAGGGAGAGACUUGAGGAAUUUCUUUCCCAGAAGCAAAAGAUUGGUGAAUUAAUUGAGGAAGACUUUAAAAAGCUGGGAGAGUUAGGAGCUGGAAAUGGUGGUGUUGUCACAAAAGUUUUACACCACCCAUCAGGACUUAUUAUGGCACGCAAAGUAAUUUGUGUAUAAUAUGGCAACAUUAUCUUUUUAUCAAUACAGCUAUCUUUUAUUUCAGAUCAAUUAUAUUUUUUCCAAAUCAAAAUGCUGAGUAACUCGCUGGUAUAAAAUCAUUCCAUUCUUUUUUACGUAUGCAAGCAUAGGGUGCAUAAACUUUUAAGUUUUAAUUAGCAUUCAUAAAUGUUGAACAAGUUUGAACAAAUUAUAGAAUCUAAAUAUAAUAAUUUUUAUCAAUGUUUUUUCACUUUGACUUUUAAAAAUUAAUUUUUGAAAAAGAAAUAGGAUUUUUGUGUACCUUUUCCUAAUUUUUUCUUCAGCUUAUUCAUCUGGAAAUUAAACCAAUGGUUAGAAAUCAAAUAAUUCGUGAGUUGAAAGUUCUUCAUGAAUGCAACUCACCUUAUAUUGUUGGUUACUAUGGUGCUUUCUACAGUGAUGGGGAAAUAAGUAUUUGCAUGGAAUAUAUGGUAUGUAGAAUAAGUAGACAGUUUUGAAAUCAUCCUAUGUCUGAAACAAUACUUAUCUGGAACAAAUCGCUAGCUUUUUAAACAAAUGAACAUCUAUGCUUUAAAAAGCAACUGAUAUGUGUAAGUUAAGAGUUUAAAGCUUAUUUAUCUUGAACAUUUUGCUGUAUUAACUAUUUUAUCUUGAGCUUUGGUUACUUAACCCUUUGACCCCGCGAUCCCACUUUAUAAGUCUGCGCCUUGAAAAUCCACACCCCGCCAGAUGGAUAUUUCGGUCUCCCAUACCCUAACAUAGAUCGACAGUCCAUAUAUAAAAUGUGUUGUCAAAACUGAAUUCAGGGUUUAUCAUGUGACAAAAGGUCACAGUAAUGGCCGCGCCCAUGAAUGCAUUGUUUUUGUUAUGUUUUAGUAAUGUUUUUGGAUGUAUAGAGGUGACGAAAAUACACAAAUUGCUAUUGGAAAGCACCCAAACCAAAUUAGUUUUAUGACAAUGUAAAAUAAAUCAAAGGAUUAUUAUUGUGUUCAGAAAAAAGAUUGAAAUAAAGCAAACGGACAAUGAUAGUGACUUCAACUUCUAGUGCUAUUGAUGUGUACUUUGGGAAUAAAAUAAACAACACAAGGUCUACCCCCUAGGCUUUUAUAAAAAAAAUCAGGGUCCUAUAAAUGACCUUUUACUAAGCUAUUUUAGACCAUUACUAAAACAAUUUUCUCCUUGUGAAAUUGUUUAUAAUACUUAUGGACUACUAACGGACAAAUUUAUAUUGAAAUAAAUACAAUUUAUUUAAUUUUAUAAUCAUUUGAAUUUGUUUGCUUGUGUGUCAGUUUGUAGAAUUUGAGCCCAGGGGCAUGGGUAUUUUAGGACCAGGAGCCAAGGGUUCAAAGGGUUAACGAUUCAAUUUAUUUUAAUGCUGGUACAUGAAAAUUUCAUCAGAUAUACUGCCAACAUUAUUAAAUUUUUGAUUAUUUAAAUCUGUCAGGGAAAAAUAAUUGAAUCAUUAAUAACUAAAAGAUGUGAUGUUUGAAAUUUUAAAAAGAAGACUAACUCCAAUAUUUUAAUGAUGAAUAAUUUAUAGCUGUAAUAUAUGUUAACAUUCCUAGUUACACAUUUUCAUAUUUGUUCAGGAUGGUGGUUCAUUAGAUUUGAUUUUAAGAAAAGCGGGGAGAAUUCCAGAGCCAAUUCUAGGAAUAAUAAAUAUUGCUGUAAGUGUUUUUGAAAUAUUUUUUUAAUUGUUUGUUCCAUUUUUAUGUUACUGUUCUAGUGAAGUUAAAUUUUUAAUUUAAUAAUGACUUAACUCAGUGUUGUCAUUUUAAAACAAUUUAAUUCCCUUAUAUGUUAUUUCUUAAAUAUCAUGGCUAAUAUUAAAAUUAUUUUUUAACUUGAAUCUUUUGGGUCUUCACAGGUUCUCAAAGGGUUGUCAUAUCUCAGAGAAAAACACCAAAUUAUUCACAGAGGUAUAUGCUGUUUUUAUUACAUUAAACAGAAACUAAUAUAAUUUAAUUACAAAUUCAUGCCUGUGUUUUCAGAUACUUAAGUGUAUUAUUCUAACAAAGCUUAUGGAAAGUUUAAUGUGAAAAAUUGGCUAAAAAAUAUUGAUCUUGAUAAAAUUUUGUGUGAUUAUAUACAUUUAAAAUCAUAUUAAUCUGGACAUGAUGCUGUGUGAAUACAUUCAUUUAUUUUCUUUUCACAUGAACCAAAAAUUCUUCCAUGAAAAAAAAAUGUAUCUCGGCUAAGGAAAAAAAUAACUACCACUAUAUUACUACCAUAUUGCUAAAUUUGUAAUGGUUUUAUGACUGAACUUUCUAUUCGUGGCCGAUUUCUGAUAAUAAAUAACAAACAGCAGUUGCUGUGAAAUUUAAAAAUUCGGGAGACUUGCGCAGCACUAUUUUUUUUAAAGUUGAGGAGACAUACUUAAAACUGGAGUCUUGUGUGAUUCUUUAAAGAACAGACAUUUGAAAAGAAGUUCUGAAUUACUAACUCCAUAUCGUAAUGCAAUUAAUACUAGAGACUACUUUUUUAACUAUGGCAAUAUCAAUAAAUUUGUUUUUUGUGUACCAAAAUAUAUUAUUAUCUUUGUUCAUUUUCUUGUAUUUAUCUAGAUGUAAAACCAUCAAACAUACUUGUAAAUUCAAGAGGAGAAAUAAAACUAUGUGAUUUUGGUGUGAGUGGUCAACUCAUAGACUCUAUGGCCAACUCGUUUGUAGGUACCAGGUCUUAUAUGGCAGUAAGUGUUACCUAAAAAUUUUUCACCUCAUAUUCUUUUUUAGAAAUUGAUUGAUUGUGCAUGUGUGGUAUCUCUUUAAACAGUAUUCUCUUAUUAUAGAUAAUACAAAAUGGGAUUACUCAGUUUCUCAUUAGCUGUAUGAAAAUGCUAAUCAAAUUAAAUAUAUCAAUUUAUAAAUUCCAUUGAUGCCUCAUUAGACCUUUAAAACAACAACCAAUUUAUUUUUAAAUUAUUUUUAUAGGCAAUUUAAGAUACAGUGAUACAGUUGGGCGUAAAUCACUAAUAUAUAUUUAAAAAAAUAGUAUAUGGUGUGAGAACUAUGGUCUUCUGAACUGACAAUAAAUUUAAUUUAUAAUUAUGACAAACGUUUUAAUGUAAAGUACUACACAAACAUUUAUGUAUUGAGUGAUACAUCAAUAUGUAAAAAAAAAAAAUUAAAUUCUAUAACUGUCAGUGCAAACAACUGAAAGUUCACCUCAGGCUUUAGUUAAAUAUUGCUUUAUUUGAAAUUUUGCUUCAUGCCAAUUGAAAUUUGGGUAUCAGGUUAUUAUUAACAGUUUUAAUAAAUUAAUGCUGAUCUGGGGGAUGAAAAUUAAAGGAAAAUAUGACUAUGAUGCUUGUAUUCUGUUGUCAGUAUACACAGCGAACAUUAAUUAUGAUUUAAGUUUGUUUGUUGCUGUGGUACUGAAAGUGCUCUUUUGUGACAAGGCUGGCCUCGCAAUUUCCUAAGCAUUUUUUUUUUUUUUUGCCAGCCCGAGAGGUUACAAGGUACACAUUACUCAGUACAGUCCGAUAUUUGGAGUCUUGGCUUAUCCUUAGUGGAGAUGUCCAUUGGAAGGUAUCCUGUUCCACCUCCAGAUUCCAAGGAUUUAGCCAGUAUCUUUGGAGAAAAUGCUAAUGAAGAACACUUAGAGGCUGCAAAAACUGGAAGACCCCUUAAAGGUAAGUGCUUCUUUUGUCUAACAUUAUGAAAAAUUUUUGGUGUCCAUCCAUGACCAAAAUUUUGUAUUUGUUCAGUUUGUUUAAUACCAAUUACUCUUUCACAGAUCUAUAUAUUGAUCCUAAGAAUGCACUCUAAUCAAUUAUAAAGAAGGAAAAGAAUUUUCUGCUCGGUACCAUAUGUUUAUUCUCAUUGGCUAAUAUGAUAAUGGAGAUGUUAUGUAACAAACCAUGGAAAUGAAAAGGACAAAUAAAUUGAAAAUUUAACAAGAAAAUGAAGAGGAACAAUUAAAUCAUAAUAAAACAUGAAAAUGAAAAGGGACAUUUGAUUGAUAAUAAAACUUGAAAUUGAUGAGGAACAAAUUAAACAUGCUCCCAACUUAUAAUUCCUUUUACAUUUGAUUAUAUCUUUCAGAUUUUACUUUGAGCUCUGUUAUUUAUUGAUUUUUUUUUUCACAUUGUUUAUCUUUCCUCCGCACUUAUGUUCAAUGUCAGUCAAAGAGGUUUGGUGUGUCUUAAUAAUUGAGACGCACCCUCUUUAUCUCUCUCUCUCUCUCUCUCUACAUCUUUCAUCCUGUUUCUUGUACAACCACUCUCUUGAGUUACCUUGCAGCCUGUCCAGGAGACAUAGAAGUUUUUACAGGAGAUGGGCCCCUACCAAUGGCCAUAUUUGAACUGCUUGAGUAUAUAGUCAACGAGGUAACCCAUGGAAGUCCUUUGCAUGAUGUCCAUCAGUAUUUACUACUACUUUUUAAUCAUGUUUUAAUUUAUUUGUCAAUCUUGUGCAUUUCUUUUUUUUUUUUUUGAACCGCAUGCAACCUCCUGGGCUGCUGUUAAGUGAAGCAAAAUAGGCUUUUAUUUAUAAGUUUACAAUUAUUUUGCCCCUGCUCCUGGAAUCUAAAAUAUUUACUACUACUUUUUAAUCAUGUUUUAAUUUAUUUGUCAAUCUUGUGCAUUUCUUUUUUUUUUUUUUUGAACCGCAUGCAACCUCCUGGGCUGCUGUUAAGUGAAGCAAAAUAGGCUUUUAUUUAUAAGUUUACAAUUAUUUUGCCCCUGCUCCUGGAAUCUAAAGUCAAAAGUAGAUAACUUAUUUGUGAGUUUGUUUUUAUUUUAAUUUAAGAAUUGCUUAAAGCUUGUGUAGAUGCCGUUACUGCUCAAUUUAUUUUAAUUAAUUUUGUAUUGAAAAGUUAUUUGAGGCAUCAAUUUAAUAGAAGACUUCUCAGAAGUUGUCAAAGGUGCAUUUAUUUCUAUUUCUAUAGAUCUAGUAAUUUUUAAAGUAAAUCUAAAUUCUCUGAAAGUAAUAAAUUUCAAUUUUAACAUAAGUGGUUCAUUUACGUUAAAUAACAGCUUAAUUUUUUGAAGAAGAACUCAAUUAACAUCUAGGCAUUAUUAUAAGACUCAAUAACAGUCAAAAUGCAUGGCUGUUAAAAAAUUGACAGAAGCUAUGCAGAUGUACACUAUGUGUCAUUGCAUUUGUUUUUUUUUGCAUGGAUUGCCAAGAAAAACUCAUCUUGUCAUUCAUCAUUGUAACGCAAUAAUCUGCCAACCAAAUUCAGGGCCACUUUUUAAAUCAAUACUAAAAUUCAACUUAGCAAAUUUAUAGAACAAUCAUUAUAGCUCAGACGAAGGUAUGCACAUGAACUUCUGUUCCAUACAUCCUUAUGUGCAUAUACAUAUUAAAGGAAAGAAUACACCAAUUAUUGUUAAGCUUGAUUUUAACUGAGACCUCCAGGAGAUUGUUCUGUGGUUCACUGACUCCAAAGAUGCUUUCCAUUUGCAUUAUAAUGUUUCACAUUUUUUUGGAUAGUGUUAUUACACAACUGAAAAUAUUACAAUAUUUAUUUCUUCAGGCAUGUGCAUUUAAUUUUGGUCUUUUAAAAUCUAUUUCAUUAGUUUUCUUUUUACUUUUCAUCGGAGAAGAUGCUUAUUUUAAGCCUGUAAUUUUCUCUCUUUGUUCACACAAAGUUAUUUCACACUGCUUGUUGAGAUUGAUUUUUUUCAACUUUGCAAAAAAAUGUUUUUAAUUUUAAGUUUUUAAAAAAUUAUUAUUUCAAUAUGCAAGUUAAAAUAUUGAGGGGGAAAGUCUAUGGGAAUAACCAGUUUAAAUUUAUAUACUAUACUGUAGUAAUUAUUAGUUUGCACGCAUUGUUAGAUCAGUUUUGGUCUCCUUUUAAAUUAAAUGCACACAGAUUUACAUUUUCAAUGUUUUCUUUUAAAAAAAUGUCAUUUUAUGUUCUGAUUUUAUGAUGGGAUCUUUUAAAGUCCUCACAAUCUCAGCUUUAGUGUCUUAGAUUGUUCAUUAUAAUGCUUUUGGAAAGUCUUUGCCAUGUUUAUCAUAUCUUGAUUCACUUUCAUUAUCAAUUAUUUCAGCAAUUUUCCAUGUUUCGUGCCAUGUCAUCAGCAUCUUUUUUUUUUUCCUCCAUGUUCCAUUCCAUAUAUUGAUAUCUCACCUGCCACCUUAUGUUCAUUAUUUUAAGUUAUGUUUUGUUUUUAUUUAUGAUUAUUUUCCCACUUUGAUGUUGAUUUGAACUUCCUGUGGCUGCCUCCCCCUUACUGGUCGGAGACUUCCAGCUUUCAGUGUGUGUGCGUCUGUAACAGCUGGGUUGUCUUCUCUUGCUUUCUAGGCACCCGCAAUAACUUUACGGUACCAACGAAGGGGGGCGCUGCUGAGGCACCAAAAAACAUGGCCAUAUUUGAGCUUUUAGAUUACAUUGUGAAUGAGGUAUGUGAUCACUGGUACUCUUGUACUAUUUAAUGUAAGAGAAACAUGGUUUGAGCUGAAACUGGCAACGGCAGGGGCAGGUUGCUCAUUUGCAAACAAACUGAUUUGAAGGUUUAAGAUGGGAGGCCCAUUUGGGUGGCAGAAAAUGUAUGCCCUGAAAAGUAAGAGUUUUACCAGGACCAAUAAUUAUUUACUCCUGUGUUGUUUAUAAUUGUAGUUAUAAUGUGUUUGUUAUCUGUUCAUGUGCGGUGUUAUCAUUUAUGUGCGACUGACUCAAUGUAUCAAAUAUUAUAUAUUUCAUCUGUAGUAUUUACUAGGAAAUAAAGCAUCGUUAUUGAUUUUUGUUAGCUUAAACACCAGACCAGAGAAAUAGUAUGGGAUUCUGUACAUGUGUGCAUUCUAAGAAUAUCAAUGAUUAAAGCAAGUGUUAAACGGUCUGUGUGUCACCUUUGCAGGCAGUGGAUCCCCCUAGGUUAUUGAUUAAAACACUGACAUCCUUGUCACUAAGGGAAGUAUGCUGUGCUGGGGAAUAAUUGACCUAGGGUAUAAAACUCAAUAUUUCUUGCAGAAAUGGUGGAAUGGCGGCCAGCUAUUGAUUAUUCUACCUCCCUCCCCAUUAUCAGAUUUAUUCCCACUCAUGUUUGAUCAAGGAAAGGACUUUGUAAUAACCUUCUAUUUAAACCCAUAUAAAAUGGAGAAAACAUUUUGGUGACAAAAUGUAAACAUUUAUAUAAUGUUGGGGAAAGUUACACAGCAUUUUACAAAACAUAUUACAUGUAAAGCUGUCCGCAGUUGUCAUGCAGCUCAGACUAUGCCAUUUGUCAACUUAGACAAAAUAUUAUGAUUUGUGCUUGAGGUCCAACAUGUUUUCAGGAAAGGACAAAGUAAAAAAAUGCCUAAAAUUUGUACUAAUUUUACCACAGUCUUAGACUUUUUUUUGUUAAGUUUCAUUUUUACAUUUAAUUAAAAAUAUGAAGUUUAAAUGUUUUAUUAUUUUAAACUUGAAAUUGCCCCAAGCACUAUCAUUUGUAAUUAACAACAUUAUGAGACCUCUGACUCUUUUUUUUUUUUGCCCUUGUUUUCGUUUUGUUUACUUUCCGUCCUGUUUUCAUGUUCAUUUUUAGCAUGAUUUUUUAAUAUUUAGAAUAAUUAACCUUUCUUUAAAAUAUAAAUUAAUAUUUUCUAGUUCUUAACAGUUUUUACCCUCAUUAAAAAAACAAGCAUUAUUUCAAUACUUAUUCCUAUGCACUCACAAAUAAACCAAAAUUCACAAAUCUCUUGCAAAAUUAAAGUCACUUUAAGUUGCGCAAAAUGCCAAUUUGCAUGUUGUUUGCUUAAUGAUAAUUUACCACUGUUUUGUUAACAAUUUGUUGAGAGAAAGAGAGAAAGAGAAAGACAUAAAAAAUCUCAUGUCACUGUGCUGUGGUGCACAUUUGAGUGGGCUUUUAUUUGUUCUGUCCACAAACUGUUAGAACCGGCUGAAUCUUGCAAAAAAAAAAAAAAAAAAAAAUUUUUUUAAUUUUUGUCUGCAUUUUGCUUUAACAUUUAAACCAGUUGUUGAUCAAGCUUGCACGUUAGGAUGACAUUAUUUUUUAUGGGUGAUGGAAAAGAUUUAACAAAUAUAUUAUUAUGGAAAAGGGUUAAAACAAAGUCUUAGAGAGCAUAGUUGAUUAAUAUUAUCAAUCAACAAAAAUAAUUUUGCGCAAGGGGAAUUAGAAUCAAAUGAUGUCUUACUACAGAUUUUGAUCAAAAUUAUGUUUUUGUUUUCCUAAAUAUUUUUGAACCCAUAUUGAGAGUUCUUGUUUUAUUAUUACCUUGUUAAGUUUUUGCAUGGUGAGUUUAAUCAUUAAAUGAAAUAACAAAAUUACAUUUUAAAAAUAAUGUUUUGCUAAAAUAAAAUUGGAAAUGCAUGAUUUGGAGAUCAAUGUCAUUUAAUUUUCUCCUCCGUUCAUGCAUAAUUGUAUCUACAUUUAUUUAUUUGAUUUUUUUUUUUAAACUAAAAUUUAAUGGGCACAGAGCUUAUUCAAAUUACAAGAGCACAUUAACUUUGAAAUCUAAGCUUCUUGAAAUAACAUUUUUUCCUUCAGUUUUUAUUUUGAAAUGCUUUUUAGCUUUGCCAAAUUUUUAAAAUAAAUUAUCCACAGAGGUCUCAUAGGGUCGGAUUCAAAAUUUUUGGAACAAAUAUCAUUUUCGGAAGGUUCCAUUUUACAUUCAUAUACCUCAGAUGCACAUAUGAGCAUUUAAACUAAUUUUUUUAAUUAUUUUUUUUUUUACAUUUUUUUUUUACAUCCAUUAUUUUCCUUGCUGUUCAAGUUAUUUGUGCAAUGACAAAGCAGUUAGAAUCUGUAGCUUUUACUGUUGAACCUGCAAUGUUGUCAUGGUCAACUGUUGUUAUCAUCACUCACAUCUUGCAGACUAACACCUGCCAAUGAUUGUUGAAUUCCUUCCUAAAUGUCACUGUUUGUGUAAUUAUUGUCAGUUCUCCUCCUACUUCCUUCUUCAUUUCUUACACAUGAUAAAUCAAUAAUAAAGUGCCCAGCAAUACAGUGUGUGCUUAGGUUUUGAUUAUAAAAUAAACUAAGUAAUGAAUAUGGUAAUUUUGUUGUCUGCAUAAAAUUCUUUUUUGAAACCAUGGGCGAUAUGUUAAAUGAAACCUUUCAGUCAUAAUAUGUGGUUAAAACUUUGUCAUGUUAUCGCGUUAAAAAUUACAGAAAAUUGUUUUGUAAGUUUUCCAAGCUGCAACUCAGAUCUAAAUUUAUGAUUGCUCAAAUUAGAUAUACUUUAUUGAUAAUUUGCAGAGAGAACAUUUAAAAAAACAGAAAAAGCAGCUUCUCAAUUUCAUAGGAUACCUGUAACACCCCCAUCCCCGGGCAUUAGGGAGUUAAGUGCCUGCAAGAGUCGAGAGGUGCAUGCUGGGUCCAAGUGAGGAUAUUAUACAACAUGGAUUAAUUCCUAUUGACUUGUUAAUUCUACAUUUAUCAAGAACAUUCUUAGAUAAUUUUAUAGUUUAUGUUGGAUUUUUGGAGGAAAAAAAAAUUAGUUUUUACACAUUUUCUUUUCAUUUCUAUCUUUCAUGAAGCAUUUUGUCAUCUGCAUUUUUCUCUUUUAUUAGAUUUUUUUUAAAAUGUAUAUUUUAAAAAUAAAAAAAUAAAAAACUACAGGAAAUGAAUUUUGAGAGAAAAUGUAUUGCAUACAAGCAGUGAGCUUGACAUAAGCAUAAUUAUGGAUUGUUGCUGAUCAUUUAAAUUACUAUGGUGCCUGUAAUGAUGAGAAGAAACCAAGCUGUUAUAAAUGGUAGUGCACCACCAAUGUUGCGUGUUAUAGAAGCACAACGCAUGACUUUAAGGAAAUAUAUUUUUUUUUAAAUUUGACAUAAGCUUUUGUUUCAACUUUAGAAUUAGUUCAUUGUUGUGACAAGAAAAUAGAGACUAGCUUACAAAAUAGUCUAUUUUGCUUGUUUGAUAGAAGCUGCUUUCAUAGAAAAUAGGCAAAUUUGUGUUUAUUUUUUAAAUAUAUUUUGUAUUGAGAGAGCCAUAAAAGAGAAAUGUGUAUCUGAUAGUAUUAAAUAAUACAUAUGAUAUGGGUGUAAAUUGCUAUUUCAAGUUCAUGAACAGGAAUAAUUGGAUUAAAAGAUGAAGUUUUAAAAUUCACGUGAAUACGAUGAUAAAAUUUGUUCUUUAAAAAUAAUAAGCAUAGAAUAAAUUAAUAUUUAAAUGCAUCAUUUGACAAAGAUAUAAAAAAAUUCUGAUAAUAGACGGUACAUGUAGGGUAUUUCAUUAUAGAUAGAACAAGGAUAUUUAAUUAUAGUUAGUUCAUGUGUGGUGUUUCAUCAGUUUGAAUGAUGUGUGACGAGCACAGUUGUUUUGCAAGUUUGAUCACAAAUAUUCACUAAAGUGUUUUGUUUUGUUUUUGUAAAUGGCAUUUUGGCAGCUGAUAUAUAAUUUGAUUAAUUAAGGAAUUUGAAAGAUUUGAUGUCGUUCUACGGAUAGUGGUUUUUCAUAGAGCAUCCCGAAUGAUGGCUCGCUUUUUAAAGAAAAAAUUCUUUGUCCUAUUAAAUAAUGUUCUUAAUUACCAGGAGGCAAAGUGUUAUUGACUUAAAGCUAUGAAUAGCCUUAAAAUAAAAAAAAUACUGUUUAGUUUCUUGUGUGUACAAAACCAUCAAAGAUAUUAUUAAAAAAAGAAUAAACUGUAUACAUUUUGUAUACGUUUGUGUGUGCAUUUAUAAUUAGUAAUUAAUGCUCAGCUCUUGCACUAAUAAUUUCUUUAACUUUUCAAAUAGCCUCCACCAACCUUACCCAAAGGAAGAUUCUCAGACGAAUUUGUGGAUUUCGUUGAUCGAUGGUAAGAUUUGCUACUUAAAGCUACCCUGUUUUUGGUAAAAGUUUUCACCACCAAAACCAUUUUAUAGAAAAAAAAUAUAGUUGAAACAAGCAGUAACAUAAAAUUUGCAUUUUUUUUCCCCCAAGCUGGUGAUCGAACUGAACCAUUAACUCCUUAAAUCCUGGAGGUUUUUCAAUAAAAAUAUUUGUGAAAACUGCUAUUUUAAAUUUUGUCUUUGGUUAAAACCUGCUGUGACUGCACAUUUAUCAUGCAUCAGGGAAAUGUCUCUUAUGAUUACUGUCGCUAACUAUUGGCGAAUGUCGCUUAUUAUUACCUUCGCUAACCAUCAAUAUCAGCGUCCGAUUUUAACUCAGCAUUGGUUUGUUAGCCUCUGUGUUUGAAAACAAGACAUGAAUAAAGGCCAGAAGACUUUCAUUGGUAUUACUGAAUUUAAAGAAAAAAUUCUGGCAUCUGUCAUCACAACGGGACACUGUUUUAGACUUUUGCAGGAUGAAAUCACAAGGCCUGGGAUUUUUCUUUAGGAAGAUAAGCUGGUUCUCUAUACAGCAAACCACCUUUGAAUUAGUGUUAAGUCAAAAGAACGUCUUGAUAGUUGACAAUUCCAUAUCUGAUUUUCCUUUCCAUGAUAAUAACCAGAAGUAUCAGGCUGGAAAACUUUGAUAGCUUUAUUCUUUUUAUAAUGUACAUGAUGAAACAAUAACACUAAGUGGGUUUUUUUUUCAUCAAACCUAACUGGGUUUUCAAGGGCUUGAGCAGUAUUUUAAUCUAUGGAUUUUAAAUUUGAUGUAAUCUUAAGUUGAAGUGCCAACGAGUUGUAUGAGAUUUUCUUUUAAAUGUUUUGUAUUUCAGUUUGAAGAAAAAUCCUUCUGACAGAGCUGAUCUUCAGUCGCUUAUUGUAAGUACAUGCCAUAUUGAUUUCAUGUCGGAGUGGAAGAAGUUAGGGUUUAAAAUGACAAAUAAUUUUUGACUUCAAUGAAUCUGACUUCUUCUAUUAUCUUCUUAUGAAAAUUAGCUAGCAUUUAUAUUUUCAAUAAAAAAAUUAAUAUAUUUUAAAGAUAUUUUCUUUUUUUUUUUAAUGGACACCAGCUGGGCAGUAGAAGAAACAAAUUUUUCCUCAUAAAUGUAUUUUAUUCAUGGUUAUUUGCUCUUAGGUUAUGAACUUUUUACAUAAAACCUGUCUUAACAUAUGUCCUAUGUCAAGCAGAGCUGGUUUUUUUACUUUUGGAAGGCGCCCCCCCCGCCUUUUGGUUUUGUCUCAUUGCAAAUUCAAGGUGAUAUUAAAAAUGUUUCCACACUACAACUUUGCUUUACAAAUAGCCAAGACCACCCCUCCCCACCCCCACCCCCUGCAACUGCAAGUACUGCGGGACCCAUGCAAGUGUAUAUAAAUGUUUACUUCAGCUUUAAAAAUAAUGAGAGUUUACAUUGUCUACUAACAUGAAUGCAUUCAGUGUAACAAAGUUAUUGAUUGAUUUGUUCAGUAAUGUGGAACUCUCUCUUCUCAGAAUCAUCCCUUCGUUAAGAAAUAUGAAAAUUCAGAGAUCUCCAUUGGCCAGUGGGUGUGUAAGGUAAUGGAUAUCCAACCCAGCUGAACAUGAUGUCCCACCAUCAACAAGAGACAAGAAAAGUUGGCUCUUCUUCUCAUGUUUUACAAUUUUUUAAUAUAUUUUUUUUCUUCAAAAAACUAAUGUCUGACAAAAAAUAAAAAUGGUUGGUUUGAGUGCAUAUAAAUUAGAUGGACUAACAUCUUUUAAAAAAAAAACAAUUCAUUUGCGAAAGAUCCUCUUUUUACUUUUUCCAAUCACCGUUAUCAAUAAAUGUGACAUAUGGCUUUGUUUCAUUUUUAUUGUGGUACAUAUAUUUGUGAACUCCACUUUUUUUCUCAUUUGCAAUUGUUAUUGUUCCCUUCAGUGUGGAUAAACAUUUUUAAGAAGAAACUCUCUGAAUACUCCUGUAUUUUGAACUUAAUAACUACCAUGAAAGUUGUCCGCAAGUGAAAUGUGUUGACCUAGUUGGACCUUGUUCGAAAAGUAAAAAGAUGAAUUGCCUUUUUUCCAGGCACACUGUGAUAUCAGCUCAUCUAGAAAUAAUCAGGUCUGCUUCAUGGCGCUUCAUGGCUCAGCUCGAGGAAAACUAAGUUUUAAUCAUGACCUAUUCCCCCCCUUACAAAAUACAAUGAGAGAAAUGUAACAAAAUAUCUGAAAGGUCUGAACUUAAAAUCACUUUGUGAUUCACUAUGGGAGUUGUGUUAUUUGUAUAUUUUCUGAAAGUUUGGUUUUGUAUUUCUGUGAAGUAUUUGAGAGAUGUAAAGAUGCCUAAAAUGUUGGCUAGGAACUAUUUUCAACUGGUUGUUUAUAUGAAUGUUUGGUGACAGCCCAUGUUGAAAUAGUUGGAUGAACUUUGGUUGUAAUUAGCGGCUCUGAAGUCAAGGUCUGUUUGGGUGAUCUGGCUACAAAGUCAAAUGGGAAAAUCAUAUUGAUUUCUCUUUGAUGUAAAACAUUGUGGGAUAUCACCCCCAUCCUUUUUUACACUGUCUGGGAUUUAACUUCUUGGUGAUUAAUUUCAAAUUGAAAAAUGUUUGAUUUUCUACAGUUAUAAUUUUAAGUCUUCUGCCGACCUGUGUUUGAAGCUAUUUCUGUGACUUGUAACAAAAUUCCUUUUUUUCUUUCCCUGUGUAAAAUUGAAUCAGUUUCCUGAACUAAAAUGUGAGUCCAGUAUUGGAUUCUCCGACUUACUAUAAUUAUAAAUCCUCUUGGGUAGAUAAUAUUAUAUUUUUUAAUUUUAAAAAAGUGGGGAUUUCAGAUUCAAUAAGUGAUAGUCAAAGCCAGGUAAAUAGUCUAGUUCAAACUAAUUUCUUUAUCGUAUGGUAUUCCAGAAUUCAGAAUAAUUUCUACACACCACAUUUUUAAGUUUACUCCAGUAACUUAGAUCUGCUUGAAUCUGUAGUACAUUGUAUGUGUUGCUUUGAAUUUAAUUUUCUUAUCCUGUGCUCUCCCUGGCAGCUUAUUCAAGGUCACUUUCCUAUCAGACAAGUGAUUCUAGAAUUAGCGAAAGUUGUGUGUUUCUUUCUAGUAAAAUUUAACUUUUUUUUUGGCACCUCUAUGAUGUGAUGCUUUUUUAUUGAUACAUUACUCUGUUAAUCCAAGUUCAAAAGUCUGUUAUAAUAGUUACAUUUUGUAUUUGUGAUGGCUUAGGUAAAAACAUGUACUUAGUCAAGGAAACAUAUGUUCCAAAAAUGCUCACAAUUUAGACUAUUUUCAAUUUAAAAAUCAAUAAAAUAAAGUAAAAUCACUGAUGGAAAUUUUUUUUUGUCUUACAAAAUUUUUUUAUAUAACCCUUUUCUUGAGAAAACUCUACAGGACAUGAUAUUCUGUUGUUACUAAUUCAAUAAUCUUAUUCAUUAAUAAUUGUAAACGUGUUUUGAGGUUUGAGUCAAGGUCUGUUUGUUCUAGAGGGUUAAAUAGUUACUUCAACAAUGCUGUAUGUAAAUUAUACAAUCUGUACUUUAAUUUAGACAACAUGGGAUACAGUCAAAAUAAUUUCAAGUCAUUGGACUAUGUGCUCAAAGUUUAUUGUAGCUAAAAUAUAAUCCUUCACUCUCUAUAACUAGCUAAUUCAUCAGUAAUUGAGAUUUUUAUUUUUAAACAUUCACUUUCACCAUCCCUAUUCACUUAAUUUUUAAAAUACUAAUUUGCGCCUCUAAAGUAUCCAGUCAAUUACUUUCAUCUUGCCUGUUUGACUUUUCAAGUUAGUGUGAAUAAUUUUGGUUUGAAAAUAAUAAUUAGUAUUAGAAGAAUUUUUUUAUUUUUUUUAGAAAAAGAGUUUAACUAGUCCUUAGCAAAUUUUGAUUUGUUUUUGGCAAAAAUAUUUUACAGGUAACAAAACUAAGUCAAAAUAGAUUUUAAAUAAGUGGAAAUUCAAGUCACAUUCCCUUUUAAGGACUUCCUGUUCAAUAUCUUUCUAUAAUACUAAUCUUGUGGUUGUAAUUCAUCAAGUCAAAUAUAUUGUCAUGCUUGUGUGGCAUUUUUUUUUUUUUUUUUUUUUUUUUGUUUUUCUUUUUUCGUUUUUUUUUUUUUUUUUUUUUUUUUUUAUUUUUUUUUUUUUUUUUUUUUUGUGUGAGUCUCAUUGCCAGUUUACAUGCUACUUUUUCUAUUUAUUGUAGAAAUUACUAGACAUAAAUUGAAUCAAUAUUUAUGUAUUAACAAGAACAUGUAAGUUCUGUACAGUAAGGCUGAUUCGCUACAUUGAUAGUCAUAUUAUAUUCUCAAUCUCUUUGUGACCCUUCUAAACUGUCCAUCCCUUCUCAAUCUCUUGGUGACUUUUCUAAAUGCUGUGCCCUGCCCAUUCUCAAUCUCUUGGUGACCCUUCAACCUCUAAUUUGUGUACUCUUUCUCCAUUUCUUGGCGACCCUUCUAAAUUGUGUGCCCACUCUCCCUCUCUAGGUGACCCUUCGAAAUUGUGUGCCCACUCUCCCUCUCUAGGUGACCCUUCUAAAUUGUGUGCCCACUCUCCCUCUCUAGGUGACCCUUCGAAAUUGUGUGCCCACUCUCCCUCUCUAGGUGACCCUUCUUAAUUGUGUGCCCACUCUCCCUCUCUAGGUGACCCUUCUAAAUUGUGUGCCCACUCUCCCUCUCUAGGUGACCCUUCGAAAUUGUGUGCCCCCUCUCCCUCUCUAGGUGACCCUUCUUAAUUGUGUGCCCACUCUCCCUCUCUAGGUGACCCUUCUAAAUUGUGUGCCCACUCUCCCUCUCUAGGUAACCCCUCUAAAUUGUGUGCCCACUAUCCCUCUCUAGGUGACCCUUCGAAAUUGUGUGCCCAUUCCCUCUCCAGGUGACCCUUCUAAAUUGUGUGCCCACUCUCCCUCUCUAGGUGACCCUUCUAAAUUGUGUGCCAAUUCUCAGAAAGUGUUUUCUUUUAAGGUGCAUAUGGUUUAUUUGAAAUCAAUUGGUUAUAAAAUGUUGUGCUUGAACAUAAUGGAGAAAUCACACUAAAGUUGAUAAGUAGGAAAAAUAUGUACUCCCUAUCAUUACCAGUAAUGUCCAUGGAAAGCAACUCAGCACAUAAAUGUUAAUGACUUUGAUUACUUGUUUAAAAUACAAAAUGGAACAGUGCCCAUGCCAUCUCUGAACCUUCGUCAACAUUGAGCACCUUUUCUAAUAUGAAGUACCAAUAAGUUCAUUGUAAUACUUUCAAUAACGCUUUUCACUUUUAUAAGUAAGUUACAGAUUGUUGUACAUAUCAGUUAAAUUGAAUAAGUGCUGACACCUUUGGUAGUGAUAUCCUUUAUUGCGUCAUGAUGUGAUGUUUGAUUUUGCAAAAUAUUUAAUACAAACACAACUUAUGUUUAAAUAUAAGUAAAUAAAAACAAAACAAAUUGGUAUUUAUGUUUUAUUAUUAUAUGUAUGUAUUUAAAAACAUUUCAUUAUGUUCAUAUGUAAAUAGUUAUUUCUAUGCAUUCAACUUAUGUACUGUGCUGUCAUUGUAAGUGGCUUUCUAUUUUUCAGGCAGUUUUCUCCCUUUCAUGCACAGGCUUUGUAUCAUGCUUCAAAAAAACAACCCCCCCAAAAAAAAAAAGAAUUUAAAAAAAGACAAUAAACAUUAACAAACCAUAAACUAGUGGCUCUUUCCUAAUUUCAAUGUGUUCUACUUGGUGUUUACAUCCAUAAGGACUGCUGCCCAUAACUUAGAUAAUUCACAUUUGUUUAGUUAUAUAAUGUGCAACUUGUUUAUCAAAAAGAUAUUUUAAAAUUAUGAUCCAUCCUUAUGGUGCUACAGCCCAUUGUAGGGCUUUGGCCUGCCUCACCACAUCCAGCCAGACCUGAUGCUUUUCUUUUCCAUGCUUGGAUUCCUAGCUACUGUAGAUCUUUUUCCAUGUCAUCCAUCCAAUCUAAGCCUAUGUCUGCCUUUGAGUCGUGUUUCCUGUUGAGUUUUGGUGGUGCACCCUCUUCACUCCUCUGUAUUAGGCAUUCUUUCUAAAUGUCGAUCCCAGCAUAGCUUGCCCUUUUUUUUAUUUCUGCUACUAGUGUGGAAUCCUUUGGCUUCCUGGUUGGUUCAUAUUCUCCAUACAUAUUCAUCCUUUGUUGGUCCAUAUGUUUUCCAGAGAACUUCUCUCUCCCAUGUGUUUAAUAUGUUUUCUGCCAUUUUUGUUAGGGUCCAAAUUUCACUUGCUUAAGUUACAACUGGUCUGAUGACAGUUUUAUUUAUAGUUUUCUGCCAUAUUUUUGUUAUAUUGUUACUUUUGAGUAUUUUCUGACUAAUCAGGAUACAAAAUUAUCAAAUAAGAAAAAUUAUUAUAAGAGACAUCAAUAUUUGCAUUGUAAAAUGAAAUGAGAUUAUUGUUCUUAUCAAUCACUAAAAAAAUGUUACUGAUUGUAUGUAUAAAUGGCUAUUAAUAAGAAGAAUUACGAUUUUAUCACAGUAUUUAUGGAUAUGCAGAUUACGAUUUUAUCACAAUAUUGUAAAGAAAAAUGAUAUUACUGUUAUGGUACAUGUUCUAUGUCAGUAGAAGAAAAAAGAAUAGCAGCAUUGCAUAAAAUAUAAGGACAUUCCUGAGUUUUUUUAAAAUGAACUAAAACCAAAAAAUUGUUUGUUUCUUUCAUAUCAAAGAAGUCAGCGUAGCUUGCUUUUUUUAUUUUUAUCUAUUACUUUCCACUCUCAGACUUGCCAGCCUCUCAAAAUGUUCCACUUGUUGAGUGCACAGCCUAACUAAUCCGGCAUUAAAUAAUAUUAAAAUUGUUGUUUCACAUUCUUUUUGCAGUUAUUUCAAAUUGUUAUCUCCAAGAGCUGCGUUUUUGUGCAGGUGUCAGUUGAGAUGUUUGUUCUGAUGAGGUCCUGCGUUGUGUAUCUGUGCCACCAUCAAAAUUAUUGUGUGUCUCUGGGUUGAUCAUAUUUGAAAGGCUUUCAGAUCUUUUGAGCUUUAAUGUUCUCAUAGCAACAAGAGGCACGUGCACUUUUUGAGAUUUGACCCCGUGUCUUUUCUUGCCUGCUACUGGUUUUUCUUGCAAUGUUGUAUCAGCAACUGUAGGAGAAAUAUUUAUAGGUGUCUUUUUCAUGUACAGUUCUGAGUCCUCCACAUCCUCUGAUUUAUGGAGAUCUACCAGCUGACUGCCAAUGUAAAGGUCGCUAGAACUUCUUGUAAGGUGACGGUGCGUUUCAUCCCUGCUAGAUGUGACAGUUUGGUUUCGUGAUUUAUGUGUAAAGUCGUUAACAUUUAAAAUAUUCCACAAACUGUUGUUAGAAAAAUUUAAAU